GCUAUCACUGCGGUCGGUAGUUGUCGCAUAUAUUACCUUCAUCGACAAACGCACGCGUAUACAUAUCACACACGCGCACACAUCCUUGUAUUUGUUUAUACCGUUCUCUCUUUCGUAUUUCACCGUUUAACUAACGAUUGACCCUAUCGAUACGAUGAUCUGUUUGCUCGAUCGAUUACAUCGAUGUUCGAUAAGUCGGUAAAAAGCCACCAAAGUCACCUCACAAAACGUACUUUGAACAAUUGAAAUUUUUACGAAAUUCUUGAUAACUAUUAUCGUAAUUUCUCGUGAACGAUCGUGUUUAAAGAAAUCGAAGAAUCGUGCCGGUACACCGAUACAAACAUGGACAGAGAAAUUCGGUACCAUUAAAUAAACUUUGAAAGUGUUGUCGCAGCGGUGGUUGUGGUGGUCGUGAAGAUUAUUACUACGAAGCAGCCUCGGUGGAAUCUAGUUACAUAGGAUGAAACGGAAAUUUCAGAUUGCGACCCUCCAUCUCCUGCUGCUGUCCAUCUGUGUGUUCGUCGCCGGUCACAAGCACUCAAGGCGGCAUCGAGACUUUACUGGGGCCGAAAAUCAUGACUCCGCUUCAUUGUCCAGGAGUGACAGCCACUCGGUGACGGUGUCGCCGUUGAUCGAGCGAUCGUCGCUUCCGGAAGAAGCGUACCUUCCUGAAACUCCCACGGUUGAUCCUUGCGUGAAGAAAUAUUGCGGCGUCGGCAGAGAAUGCGAGCCAUCGGCGAACAAUACCGUGGCCACGUGUGUCUGCACGCGAAAAUGCCCGCGAAGGCAUCGACCGGUUUGCGCGAGCAACGGAAAGAUUUAUGCCAAUCACUGCGAGCUGCAUAGAGCCGCCUGCCACGCUGGAUCAUCGUUGACCCGAAGCAGACUGAUGAGAUGCCUACAUCAUGACAUCGAGAAUGCACACGUUCGUAGAACUUUACACGUGGAUGGAACAUCCUCCGAGACAGGGAAGACGAUUACCUAUCCUAGAUUUAGAAACCGGAAGAAGACAAAUUUAAGGGACAUCUUGGUACCAGAGAAAAAUAAUUCUGAUACGAAAGAGUGCUCGAAUCAGGAAUACGAAAUAAUGAAGGAUAAUUUGUUACUUUACAAUCAUGCAAGACUGAUGGCCCAGGACAACCAUAGUAAAGAAUACCUCGUCAGUAUAAUGUUCUCUCACUACGAUCAAAAUAACAAUGGGAACUUGGAACGCGAAGAAUUGGAACAGAUAGCAGAGAACGAAGAUUUAGAAGAAUUGUGCAAGGGAUGUAAUUUAGGUCACAUGAUCAAUUACGACGAUACCGAUGGUGAUGGGAAACUGAAUGUGAAUGAAUUUUAUAUGGCGUUCAGCAAACUUUACAGUGUUUCGGUCGUGUCCCUCGAUAAGUCUCUGGAGGUGAAUCACAUUUCUGCGAGGGUGGGCGAUAACGUUGAAAUCAAGUGCGACGUCACCGGUACACCACCCCCGCCGUUAGUGUGGCGACGCAACGAGGCCGAUUUGGAGAUCUUAAACGAGCCCGAGAUAAGAGUGUUCAACGACGGUAGCCUGUACUUGACGAAUGUGAAGCUGAUACACGCCGGAAACUACACCUGCCACGCGGUCAGGAACCAGGAUGUCGUUCAGACGCACGUGUUAACCAUUCACACUGUCCCAGAGGUAAAAGUAAUGCCACAAUUUCAAUCGAAACGCUUGAAAGAAGAAGCUAGUAUAAAGUGUCACGUAACUGGUGAACCUCUUCCACGAGUAGAGUGGUUGAAGAACGAUGAACCAUUGAACCAUGAUCAACCAGACAAAUAUGAUCUAAUUGGAAACGGUACUAAACUGAUGAUUAAGAACGUGGACUAUGCUGAUACAGGAGCAUACAUGUGCCAAGCUAGCAGUAUAGGUGGUGUGACCAGGCACAUCAGCAGUUUGCUUGUCCAGGAUCCACCUGCACUGACGAUCGAGCACGAAGAACGGAGAUUUUUUUCUUUCCACAAAUGGGGCAUUUUAGUCUACGAACCGUCCACUUGUAGACUGCGACACGAGAUUCGGUCUACGGAUGUUAUUCCUGGCACUCAGGAAUACGUCUGCGGGAUUAAGAAUGUUCCUUGUUCCUGGGGACGUGCGAUUAACCUUGCGAAUCGGUACGUGUACGUCAGUCAGCCACAAAAGGAUCGUGUACUUGUUAUCAGCGAAACCCAAAUGGUUAUAGUCGAUGUGGUGCCAACAGAUAAAAAUCCUGUCCAACUUUGGUACGUACCAUCCUUAGAUCAAGUGUGGGUGUUAAAUUGGCGAAGCGAAGAAGACACCGGUGUGAAAACGGUACAAGUGAUCGAGGAUGCAUCUCUAAAGAAGAAUCAUCGAGCCAUUCGACCCGAACCCAUUGACGCACAGUUUGAUAUCAUUCAAAAUAUUUAUAUCCCUGAACCACAAGAUAUUGAUAGCACGUUCAAAUACGGUUACGUGAGUCACACGAAUCAACGGAAUAUGUAUAAAUUCGAUCUGAAGAAUAUGAAGUACACCCGUAGUGCUGAUUUAAGUUCUUACGAUUGUGUUCCAGCGAAUGUUCAAUUCUCGAUACUUUACGGAUUUGUAAUAAUUGAAUGCCAAGAACCAAUCACUAAUCGACCAACUGGUCAAUUGCUGUUAGAUUACCUCACCGAUACAGUUCUUGUUCACAAACCUAAUCUCUUAGGAAGACCAACAAUUUCACCUGACUCUCGACACCUUGUCACCUUGGACAAACAAGAGACUGGUGUAACUCUUGUUGUGCAAGAAAUAUCAUCUAACGGUUUAAAAUUUGCAUUCGACGUGAAAACUACAUUGAACAUCAGUGAUAUCGCGCUCUAUCCAUCGCAGACCACCCAUGGGUAUGACAUUUACGCGUCAUCGAUCGACAAAGAGGAUAUCCUUUUCCUAGAUCUAUCCACUGGUAAAGUGGAAAUGAUAACGGGAGUAGGCAAAGCUACACCGCCUAACUUAACGAAAUGGGGAAAUCCGAACAGACCAAUCGUCCAGAGCGGUAUAUUUGGUAAAUAUAUGGUCAGCCCAUCGAGGGACGCGUUAUUCGUUUUGAAUGGAGAAACACGAACGAUAAACUGCGAAAUCGGGGGCUUAGUGAAUCCCGGAGCAGUGGUAUGGUUCACAGCGCCUUUACAUUGAACGACAGACAUUUUUACAACGAUAAUAAAAAAAAAAGAGCGUUUAGGUAGAUGAAAAUAGCAAAGAACGGGAGACAUAUGUGGUAACGCGUAUGAAUGAUUAUCAUUGUUCGAACAAGAAGAUAGAGAAUAAACCGUAGUUGUCUUUUUUUUCUUUUUUUAAGUUCGAAAAAAGAAAAGGGUUGAAAGAAAUUUCGGGAAAAGAUAUAUUCUAACACCGAGAACAUACCAUUAUUUGUGGUUAUUCGUUAAAAUCUUUAAAGAUAUUCCGUGUAUCGCUCUUUGACAAUUAUUAAUGGCGUAUUUUUGACACCAUCGAGCGAGUAAACGUUUUCAUUGUUACAUACGAAUAUUUAUCGUAAAACAUUUAUCGAUAAGGUUUUUAAUGUACAUACCAAAGAUAGUCUUUUACAUAUAUAUUUAAUGUACCUAAUCAUUACCCUAUAGGUGGCCUUAGUUUCCUUCAAUUUUGCAUAUCUCUCAGAUCUUUGUAUCUAUACAAAAUUCUCUUUCCCGAAUCAAAUUUCUAUGGCUAUAAACGAAAAAAAAAAUAAAAAAUAUAUACAAUUGUACUCUUCUUAAUAGUAAUUAGAAUAAUUGUCACUUCUCAUCCAGUACGGGGCUGUAAAUUAAAACACGAUUUUUUCCAAGUAUUUAAACAGUUCAAAGAAAUUUCAUAUUUUUCCUUUCUUUUAUUUGCAACGACAUAUUUAGAACUUUUUUUUUUUCUUCUCAAACGAUAUCAAGAGUCAAUAACAUAUUACACUUAUGAUUAGCUAAUUAGAAAACGAAAAAUUACGCGAUUCGAUUGAACACAAAUAUCGUAUAGUACAGUUAUAUCUUUCUUUUUCUUUGCUAAUGAAUUGUCCUUAACGAAAACAUUGAAACAGUUUUGUUUUACAACAACAAUUUUUACAAUAGUUGGUACGACAAAGAUACAUAAUAUAGUUAUCAGGCCAUAAAUAGCA